AUGCCAAAAUUGUCCGAAAAUGCCAAAAAUGUCGAAAAUGCCAAAAAUGCCGAAAAUGCCGAAAUGUCAAAACUGACAAAAAUGUUAAAAAAUGCCAAAAAUUUGGAGUUGGAUAGUGAAAAAUAUAACAGAGAACAUUACCAUACCUUAUGUUUGUUGGACCAUAAACAACUUCCUCAGGUUCAAUCAACUAUGUUAUGUCUUCAUUCAAGUGCCAAAAUCUUGAAUGUAUAUUCUUGUUCAACACCAAUUAAAAUUGAUCCAGAGAAGUUAAAAUGCUUCUCAAAUUUACACUGUUUAUUUACUUUGAUACUGGGCAAAGAACUUGUAUAUGAAAUUGAUCAAUUUUCAUAUGUAGCUGCUCUACUUUGGCAAUAUGCACAAAUUAAUCAGAAUACUUUGACUGGAAUGAAAUCAAGAGGCUACAUAUGA